GCCCGAUGAGCAAUGCCCAAGACCCAAAACCAACCACUAACGCAACAGCGUCAAUUACUAUCCAAAGCAAACGAAGAUGUGUUGGUAUGGGUCCCACCCAUGUGACACCCCACCACCAAGCCUACUUAACGGUGCCGUGAGAAGCCGUCACGGUACAACCCAGACCAACUCACGGCACACACCCACCGUUAAAACACCUGAUCCUAAUUCCAUCAACGUCGCAUCCUCCUUCACUAACGUCGUCGUUCCCAAAACCCUAACCCUAACGUCCUCCUAUGGCGUCGUGCGACGACGACUUCUCUCUCCUCGGUGACGACACCACCCAGACAAACCCUAGCCACCACCACCACCACCACCUACCUCAUCACCACCACCUCCACCACCCCCACCCCCACCCCCACCACCACCAUCAGCCAUUUGCUUCUCCCCGGUUUUCUCCUAAGCCUAUUCAAAUCCACGCGCCACCGCCCCCUCCUCCACAACCCAUCCUCAAUCAUUCUGCCGUCGCCGCUGGUGGUAGUCCUGAGAAGAUCGCCUCCGGCGUCGGAGAGGAAGAAGACGAUACCGAUGGAUAUACUGACGCCGCGUUCUGUACCCAGGGCGAUACCAAGUGUCCGGCGGCGUUUCCCGACGUCAACCCUUUUUCUGAGGAGGAUCCGACUCCGUUUGAAGAGGAUUCGGAUCCGAACAAAGCAAGGGGCAGUGUAAGGAAUGAAAAGCGAAAGGAUCGGGAGGAGCUCAGUGAUGGAGGAACCGCGUGUUGUUACAGAAAACAGAAAAUUCCCGGCGGUGGAGCUGUGUCCACCACCUCCACGGCGGCCGGCGGUGGAGAAUACAGAAACGAGUAUAGGAAGGAUCGGGAGGAGUGGAGCGAUACGGCUAUCGGAUGUCUCCUUGAGGCGUACAUGGAGAAGUUCACUCAGCUGAAUCGGGGAAAUCUUCGGGGUAGAGACUGGGAGGAGGUGGCGGCGAUAGUGAGUGAGCGAUGCGAUAAGCAAUCGAAGAGCGUGGAGCAGUGCAAGAACAAGGUGGAUAAUUUGAAGAAAAGGUAUAAGUUGGAGAGGCAUCGGAUGAGUAAUGGGGGCGUUUCCGCUAGUCACUGGCCUUGGUUUAAGAAGAUGGAGGAGAUUGUUGGGAAUUCUUUGCCAGUGAAAGCGGUUUCUGAUGAAGAUAAGAGUAUUGUCGCUUCAGGUAAUAUGCUUCGGCAAUCUAAGAGAUUUGCAAUGGCUACUCCCAGUCCUGUUGGUCAGAUGAAUAAUGUGAAGUCCAAAUCGAUUUCAAAUCCUAGAUGGCGGAGAGUAGUCUUCAAAAUUAGUGGUGCUGCUCUUGCUGGCACUGGCCCUCACAAUAUUGACCCAAAGGUGGCCAUGUUGAUUGCAAGAGAAGUAGCGAUGGCCUGCCGCCUUGGUGUAGAGGUUGCAAUUGUUGUCGGAGGCCGAAAUUUCUUUUGCGGAGACACGUGGGUAACUGCAACUGGUCUAGAUAGACCUACUGCCUAUCAGAUAGGUAUGAUGGCAACUGUCAUGAAUUCUAUAUUGCUCCAGUCAGCCUUAGAGAAGAUGGGUGUUCAGACACGUGUGCAAACCGCAUUUGCAAUGCAGGAGGUUGCUGAGCCGUACAGUCGGCAACGGGCAAUCCGACACCUUGAAAAAGGAAGAGUUGUAAUAUUUGGUGGUAUUGGUGCUGGCACUGGAAAUCCACUCUUUUCCACUGAUACAGCAGCUGCUCUUCGAGCUUCAGAAAUUUUGCAUUAUCUGGAACACUCUUUUGCUGCAGUUAAUGCUGAUGCAGUUCUCAAAGGUACCAAUGUAGAUGGUGUUUAUGACUGCAACUCCAGAAACAAUAAUGUUACAUUUGAGCACAUUUCCUUCAGGGAGUUGGUUUCCAGUGGUGCUACCUCCAUGGACAUGAUGGCCAUGACAUUCUGUGAAGAGAACAGAAUUCCUGGUUGUUGUGGUUUUCAACCUUCUUGAGCCCGGAAACAUUUCAAGAGCAUUGUGUGGGGACCAAGUUGGUACACUGAUCGAUCAAACGGGAAGGAUUAGUUAAAUAUUCAUGAAGCAUCUACUUUCUCAUGCAUCAACUUCAGAACCUCCUACCAUAUUACUGUCCAGCAGUCCCUUAAAGUAAAUGGUGGAGGGCCGCCUACAUUCCACAGCUGAGUGCUUCACCAUUGGGGUUUGGACUAAUUUCAGUAAAUGAUUCCCCUGAUUAUCAGCCUCUAAAAUGCAUGAGAAAGGUGGAUUUGAGUUUCUAUGACAGUCUUAACAUGCAUGAUGCCAGUAACUGAUUGUUUACAAAGGUAACUGCCUGAUUGAUGGUCUACUUCACUGUUAUGGAGUUUCCUCUUGUAUUUUCAUAUUGUAAAUUGCAUUAAUUUUCAGAGAAUCAUUAGUUGGAGAACAGAGUUAGAUGCAGAUAUGUUGAUGACUGAGUGUACUGAAAGUGGUGUACUGACAGUAGUUUUGAAAAUGAGAUACAAUAGAAAGUUGUGGCAACUGGACAAUGAUACACAGAAGUAUGUGGAAAUUCAUGUUUUUUUCUCCAAUGCGUCUCUUUGUCGGAUGGUGUUUUGAAACAUAAAAAGAAUUGGUAAAAGAUGCUAGAGCUGGAAAAAAAGCUGGUAUUGAUAUACUCCGCACGUGAUAAUUGGUUCUCUAUGUCAAGCACAUUCCUGUAAAUGACUAUUUGGUGUUUUGCGUUGGAUACGCAACACUGUGAUGUCUAGGGCUUUUGAUAUCAUAGAUUUGGGGGGAUUGUAUCUCACUAUUUUUUACUCUUAAACGAUUUUCUGUUUGAUUAUAUGGGAAAUGAGAAAUGAGGAACUAUUGUUAUUCGAGGGUAAUGUAAUUUUGAAGUAUUUAUGAC